UCUCGUCUUUCUUCCUCUUUUCCUUCUCGCACCCCCGAGUCUCCCUUCCCCUUCGCCCAAAGCUCUCUCUUUCUCCCCUGCCCUCUCGCAGUUUCGAGGUCGCUCCCCAUCGCCACGCCUCCGAGUCCAUCUCUCUCAUCUCCUUUCUAACCCCGGGUCGCCUUGAACUCCAUCCACCAUCGAUUUAUUCAAUUCUUACGUCGUGAACAUGGGUCGUACCGUCGACCAGGAAGUUCACGCGGCGUUCGUCGAGUUCCGCGCCAAGGAAGACGAUAAGUGUCUCUCCGUCCAGUGCAUCUACUGCCAGCAGAUCCGCGCAAAGAACACCUCGCGUCAGAAGCAGCACCUGCUCGAGUGUCCCGGUCUCCGCGGCCACACCAACCCCCCGGCGCCCCAGACCCAGUCCACCCCGUCCGCCCCGAACGGUAUCGCCGCCAACGGAUAUCCUCCCACUCCCAAUGGCACCGCCGCCGCCGCCGCUCCGGGCACCGGUCCCAGUGCUGCUGCCAUGCAGACCCCCAACGGGCCCAUGAUGUCCAACGGAGUGGCCCCUCACGCGACGCCGAUGCAGACGCCGCUGCAGAACAUGCCUGGUCGCGCCUCGCUGCCCACCUCCGGUCCCACGGGGGGCGCCGCUUCGUCCGCGUCCGCCUCGCAACAGGCCUCGCGCGCCACUCCCAAAUCCAAGCCGAAAACCUCCACCUCCAGCUUACCCGCCCCGCCGUUGGAUGACGUCCACGCGGCGUUCGUUGAGUUCCGUGCGAAGGAGGAGGACAAGGUAAGACCGACCGGCACACUCGGCGUCUCCGACGACGGUAUUUUGACAGAGGAACAGUGCCUGUCGGUGCAAUGCAUCUACUGCCAGCAGGUCCGCGCGAAGAACACCAGCCGGCAGCGCCAACACCUACUCGAGUGCCCCACCUACCUCAGCGUGAUGAAGGACUCCAUCCCCGCGAACAACCUCCUCCACACCUUCCCCGAGGGCGACGUGGCCCGCUCGUUGCAGAUCCCCGCUCCCUCCCUCGAAUUGGAUUUCCGGAUGAGUAUCAAGAUGAACCCCCGGGUUGCCGUCGGACAAAGUAUUUGGGGGCAGAGAGAUUGGGUGACGUUUAUUGGUGGUCAGUGGGCCGGUAGAUGGGGCAAGGGCGUUAUCUUGCCGGGAGGACAGGAUUCUCAGAUCGUGACCAAAGAGUCCACCACCAGUCUUCGGGCAAGCUAUAUGCUUCAGACUUCCGAUGAGCCGCCGGCGUAUAUUAUUGUAAAAACCAGCGGAUGGUUAACGGGUGCGAAAGAUGUUCUGGACAAGGUUAAUGACCCCAACAUGGCGGACGCUAUUAAUCCUAAUACCUAUAAGUACCGGGUAAAUCUCUCUAUGGAAACAGGUGAUGAACGCUAUGCAUUCUUGAACACCUUAAUGUGGAUUGGUAGCGGCUGCCGCAGAGGCCAUGAAGAAUGGAGAAUGUUUACUAUGUCGGUUGAUUUCUGGUCAGCGGGUAUGUUAGGUCUCGGCUGUACCAAGAUACCCCAAGCCAGGUACACAGGUAGUACAUACAUGAUACCCCGUACGACGUUGAGGGAUAGCUGGCCCGGUACCCUGUAUCAGUAUGCGAAAUGCGGGCAGUUCACGGAAAUAACCGAACCUGGACCCUGGCAGGUAAGAGUAUAA